UCCACAGUGAACCAAACAGGACACGCAGACAGACCCGAAAGGGUUCGCCGCCGUUCUCCCAAGUCCUCACGAAUCCGAUGUAAGCUGUUUUAUUUCAUUUCUUUCUCGACUCAACAUCACAUCACAUUCCGGCCCUUCUGUCGGUGCGGAAGCGCCGAAAGAAAAAGUUUGAAGAGGCCUCCCCCACACCCCCACCCCCAACCCUAAAGUUAGGUGGAGGGAUCAUUUGCGCUUUCAAACGCGCGACGAUGGACGUUUUGCUGCUCGUGGCUCUGGUGUCCUGGUUGACCCCGGCCCUCGUUUCAGCGGUAGACAGCGAAAAAGACUAUGACAGCGCUUUUGAAUACGACUACGAAUCUCUGAGGAUCGGCGGGCUGAUUUUCGCCGUCGUGCUGUUCCUGCUGGGUAUCGCCCUCAUCGUCAGCAGAAAAUGUGUGUGUAAAAAGAGUGACAAGUCAAGGCCCCGAGGUCCUGAUGUGGAACCAGGUGUUCAAAGAGCAUAAUCUCAAAGACAUGGAUCACAUGAUGCCAGCAGAUGCUCCCUUUGGCUGAAGACGACCUUUGAUAUUAAUAAAGACUUCCAUUUAAAAAACUUCCC